GACAAAUCUUAUCCUUGAUGCUCCCAUGAAAUCAAUAUGACCUCCGCAGCAGUCCAACAGUAUCUGGAUAUCGAAAUUCAGGAUAAUUUGAAGUAUGAUAUCCGUAUCGAAAACGCACAUGUAGAAAGCGGCGAGUUCUACAGGGAGGGUGAUCGAAGUGAUAUCCUAAGCACAGACGACAUUGAUGAUAUGAGUAUUCGUCACAACGGCGGAACACGAUCGAUCUGUUCCCGGGGCGACACUGGCUCCAACUCAGGCCCUCGAGGCACGAUCGAUCUAGUCGACGAUGUGAUGGAUAUUAGAAUCUGUACUCUUGCUUGGAGGGCUUCUAUGGACCCCGGAAAGCCUAAUAUCAUGCAAAUGAGCAACCAGGAUCCGAGAUACAACGUCAAUAUUGGGAAAUGGAAUAAAUCCGGUACUAUGGGGGAAGUUCCUGUUGUUAUCAGUGAGAAGUAACAUAUUCGCCACUUUUGGAAAAGUUCAUCACUUUGGCUUCAAUUUAUGGGAAUUGUUACUACUUUCCUUUACUCUAGCAGUG